CCUGGCUCCUUCUCUGCCUCUCAGGGCCUGAAAACAGAAAGAGAGUGCCAACCAUGCCCAGCAGGAUUCUACUGCAGCCAGUCGGGGAUAUCUGAUCUGUCCCAGAUGGCACCAUGUAAUGAAGGAUAUGUUUGUUUGGAGGGGAACUCGGCUCCUUGCCCCAGCGAUGGGAUCCGUGGGUACCGGUGCCCUCGAGGUUUCCAGUGUCCCAAGGGCUCUGGCCUGGAAGUUCCCUGUGAGCCUGGCAUGUUUAGUCCCAUGCUUGGUGCCAGCACCUGCCUCCCGUGCCCAGCAGGUACAGCCUGUAGACAUGCUGCCACCACGGAACCAGUCACCUGCCCCCAAGGCCACUACUGUCCACUUCAGACGGCCAUCCCUCUACCAUGUCCAGAGGGUACUUUGAACACCCUGGAGGGGGCGCUGUCCUCGUCUGCUUGCAAGUCAUGCCCAGCUGGGAGGUACUGCAGUGGAAAUGCUAACUGGGCACCUGAUGGUCUGUGCUCUGCUGGGUACUACUGUGAGGGAGGAGCUUCCAGUGCUGUCCCACGAAGCACCGCUGAGUAUCCACUCAAUGGGCCCUGUCCAUUGGGACACUAUUGUCCGGAGGGCACUCAGGCCCCCAUUCCCUGCCCAGUCGGCACUCUGAAUAAUGCAACCGGGGGCUCUUCCCCAGACUGCUGUGUGCCCUGCUAUCCAGGGUUCUUCUGCUCCAGCAUGGGCUUGAGUUUGCCUACUGGUCCCUGCGCUCCUGGUUUCUACUGCCCAGCCAACUUCAGCUCCUUCAGCCCCACUGCAUUCCUCUGCCCAAAGGGGUACUUCUGCCAAUCUGGGUCUGCCUAUCCAGCGCCAUGCCCCACUGGCAAAUACCAACCAAACAGGGGCUCAGAGUACUGCCUCCCCUGUCAAGCGGGGUACUACUGCCAUGAGGCUACGAUUGGUGACCCGCAGAGCUGUCCACCGCAUACGUACUGUCCCACAGGUACUUUGGUUCCUCAUCCAUGUCCUGAUGGCACUUUUACUCCUCCAGAGGUGACCGGCCUACAGGAGGAGAGAGAAUGUCUUCCUUGCCCUGGUGGUCACUACUGCAGGAGAGGACGGAUGGAGGGAAAGUGUGCAGCCGGAUACUUCUGCCAAGAAGGGAGCUCAAAUGCCACCCCACAGGGGUACAACUUCACCUGGAGCCCUCUGGCUGAGUGCCUCUGGGGUCAGGCCUGUGCAGGAAUGUGCCCAGCAGGAUUCUACUGCCCAGCAGGCUCAGAGAUGCCCAUUCCUUGUCCAGAGGACUCCAUUGGCUCUCCUCCUGGUGCCCGGCAAAGAAAAGACUGUCUACCCUGCCCUCCAGGCCGCUGGUGCAAAACAGGGGAUCCAGUGACCUAUCCAUGUCCUCCUGGGCAUAACUGCUAUAGAGUGAAUCACUCCAGCUCUGCUGGACCCCGGAAUGUCCAGCAGUGCCCCAGGCAAGCUUUUCGAACAGAACCAGGAGCUGAGAGCCAGUCGGAUUGCCAGCCCUGCCCGUCAGCCUUCCAGUGCCCUGGAACAGGGGCCACUGGAGACUACCCCUGUGCCCCAGGGCACUGGUGUCCAGGAGCGGAGGAUGCUUUCCUUUGUCCCGCUGGUUCCUUUAGGACUCAGCCUGGUGCUACGUCUCUGGAGGAAUGUAGCCCCUGCCCUGCUGGAUUUUACUGCCCAGACCCAGCAAAGUCAGGCGUGCCAAACAUCCAUGGGAUACCUUGCGAACCGGGCUAUGAAUGCCCACCAGGUUCAUCUGAUCCAUCCAUAUGCCGACCUGGCUGUUACUGUGGGCCUCUUACAGGGGUCCCACCUCUGUGUCCCGGUGGCUAUUCCUGUCCUGAAGGGUCAGCUACAUAUGACGCUCCGGGACAAUUAUGUACCCAUCCUCACUAUUGCCCUCUUGGCAGUGCCCACCCACUCUUAUGCCAAGCUGGAUUUACACCCCUGAACACGACAGGCCUUCGGGACUCUUUUGAGAAGAGCUGCAGGCCCUGUGAAGCAGGCACCUACGGUGGCAGCACCAGCCAUGGCUUGGAGCCCUGUCUGCCCUGCCCACCAGGUUUCAGCUGUCCAGAAGGCACUGCCAGUUACUUCCAGCAGCCCUGCCCUCAAGGGUAUUAUUGCCCUCCCGAGACCCCUGCCCCAGUGCCAUGCCCCCCUGGCACUUAUGGGAACAGCAGCCGUGCAAAGCACCUGGAAGAAUGCUACCCUUGCCCAGCUGGGACCUUCAACCAUCUCCCUGCUCAGACUGGAUGUUUCCCUUGCGGAAGCUCUUCAACAUCCAAACCCGGUGCCACCAACUGUACUUGCCACGGUCUGAAUCGGGCCUUUCAGGAAUCUGAUGGCUCCUGCAUCUGCCAGGUGGGAUACCUUUACUAUGACGAAAGAGGAAGGAAAACCUCAGACAGCAACAGUGACAAGGACUGCCAGCCCCAGGUGGAGGAGCGUUGUGCUCCUGGGGAGAUCCGCCUAGCAUCCACCCGGAAGUGUAUGUCCCCUGAGCAGUAUGACUGCUCUCUCUUCUGUGAUCCAGAGGGCGGAGAACUCCAUGCGGAACUUGGCAUGUGCCACUGUGAGCAAUACGUUGCUGCCGAGGAGCUUUGUGAUCGACUGUGCAUCUUGAGAUCCCCACAGGUCACCCUGAGAUUUGGUGCAGCUGGGGAGCUUUUCCUGGCUGUUGACGGGGCUGAGGAAAGAGAGGUACCAAACAUCCUGGGACCAGAUGAACAUGUGCACCAAAGCCACGAAGUUCACCUGGCUCUCUUUGGCCCCAGUGGAGUCCUCGGCUUCCUUGUCUCCAGCCCAGACAUGUUAGAUACCUUUCUGGCAGGAGAUUCUGGGCUGCUUUCCCCAAGGCGAAGACGUCGGCGGGAUGAAGAAGCUGCAUCAUCCCAGCAUGCUCAUCCAUUACCGACAAUCCCAAAUCCUCUUGUGUGUCUAGCGGUGGGAGAUAUAAUUCUUUUCCAGCUCAGCAUCAAUCCCUAUGAGCGAGCCUCCAGUCACUACCCUGUCUAUCAGAAGCAGCAUCUCUACAACAGCAACCCCCACUGGGAUUUUGGUGCCUUCAGAAGGCUGGACCAUCUCAUCCGAGAGACUCAACUCAACAUCUCCAGGUUUGCACAUGUUUUCCUGGAUCCAGGGACAUAUGUCUUCCGGGAUAAUGCCGUCGAGGAACGGAUGCUCAUCGUGGUAGUGAAUGAAGAGGGCAUGGGCUGUGACCCUCUCACCACUCCCUUCCAGCCGUCCUCUCCCUACCAGCUGGCUCGGCAUGGGGUCCUGAAGCACCGGGUGCAGAACGUGGCUCCGGACUGGGCAGCGAUUGCAGCUGUGAUUUUCAUCCUGGGCUUCCUCACAGUGGUGUUGACGGCCCUCGCCAUUGUACUGAGACAUCCCAGCUCCAUUCCCAGUCCCAUGAAAAGCUGGAAACCACGGUGGAGGAGCCUGGGAGAGCCACACAUCCCACCUGAGUAUGUGCUGAUUAAAGAGAGCCUCCAGUUCUAUGAAGCUCUUGGCCCCCGGGGAUCUGGAGAGGGACCUGAUGCUGCAGAGGGAGGUUUGCAUGGAUCAGGGGACCGCUUCCCAAUAAAAGACCUAGAAGAUUUCAGCGUUCGCACUCUGUAUGACAAACUGGAGGACCAGAACCUGCAUCUGGCAUCACAGUUGGCAAGACACCGAAUGGAUGUCCUGGUGUUUUACAGAGGGAUCAGCCAGAAGAUCCAGAGUCUUGUGGAGAUGGUGCAGGCACUGGACACGGAGGAGUUGAAGGGCCUAGAGGGAGCCAAAGUCUCCACCGACAGAGCCCAGAUCAGCUUCAGCCUGGCCAAGGAGAAGAAGGAGAACUCCCUGGCCAAAGUUGGUGGAACACUGAAAGCAAUGGGCUACUCAGGUUCCGAGUGGCAGGAGGCAACUGAGUUAAUGAAAGUCCUGGGAAUUUUGCUGCGAAAAAUCCAUUUUGGGAAGGUGACAGUGAAACCAGAAAGGGCCCAGGGGCAAGAUGGGGAUGGGAGCUCAAGUGUGGCUGUUCAAGGACAAGCUGCACCUCAGCAGCGAUGCCUGGGUGCUGGCUUACUGCAACAGAGCGCUCUCUCCAGUGGGAAAAGGGCUUCCUGUACUUCCCGUGGCUGUGAAGACCAAGGGUUGGAUCCACAGAAGAGCAGCAACAUGUUGGCCUGUUUGAGUGAGCUUGAAGUGGAGGCUGUGAUGGCAACUUCUCCUCUGGCCAGGACCCUGCAUGAAAUCAAGCGGGCUCUGGAAAUAGCUGGGCAGCUCCCGCAGAUUCCUCCUCCACCACCACCACCACCACCACCACCUCCUCCUCCAGGUGAUGAAGCGGCAAAGGUGGAUGAUGGUUGCUCUUCAGGGCCUGGUGUCAAUACUGUGGUCCCCACAGACCUGGCCAGUUUGUCCCCUCGUCAUUUCGUGGUUUACCGCUUUGGCUGCACCGUGGCCCGUCUUCUGGGGAAUGCCUUCUCCUUCCCAGCGCUGGUGCUCCUGCUGGCUCAAGCAAUCCCCAAGCAAGGUCCUGCGGAAGUCCGGGAUGCCUUUCAGCUCACCAGAGAUUCCUACUAUGAUGCUCACAACAGGUUCCUGUACAUACUCUCGUCACAGUUGGAGAAUGCCGGGGGAUUUGUAGCGGUCCUGCUGAAUGCCAUGGCACAGAUCCAAGCAGAAUCCGAUGAAGAAUUACUCACCUGUUUGUUUAGCUGCACAGUCAAUUUUUGAAGAACUGCUGAACAUCCAAAUAUUGCCCAACCCUUGCUUCCUUGAGAAGAGCCCGCACGAACGGUUGCAAGAUUACCAAAGUUUCCAGUUACAAGCAGAAAUUCAAAAUAUAAUGGAAAAUUCAGGACGAAAUGAGGAGGAGGCAUGCAGCGACGAAGGGAAAAGAGAGGAAGACGGUUCCUCUGGCCUUCAGGUGAAGAUUGCAGAGCUGGAAGAAAUGCUGGAUAGCUUGAACGAAGACUUCUUCCAGCUCUCAGUGCAGGCUUUGGCAAUCCAGAAGGAGGAGGAACAUCUGGACCAUGAACUCCGAGCACAAGAGGAGCUGGACUCAUUUGCAUUACCAAGCGAGAAAGCACAGCCCUUCUCAGAGGACCUUGAUUCCUGGGCUGCCCACAGAGACCAAGCUCUGUUGCUAGACAUUAAGAGGAGUUUCAUUGCACAGAGGAUCAAAGACAUUGAAUCUGAACUGGCUCGUCUUCUGAAAAUCCACAAUAGCCACCAACUGAGCACUUGAAGGGAGAACGGAGUAACCCACACUGUGUGUGCACUAGCUAAAAAUGCUUUAGCUGGUUUCAUUUGGUUAAUGCUAGGAUGAUCGGCCCUUUGUUCAUUUGUUUGACUGAUCCUCAUGGGGCAUUCACAUAGACAUGUACAUUCGCAUAGUAUGUAUUUAUAAAUAAAUAGUCUGUGUACACAUAGGCAUACUAGUACUUGCUGCUGCAGCAGCACUGGAUUUUCAUCAUCUUUCACUUUCCUUACAAAAAGUUAUUCUGUCAAAGUGGACAGAUUUUUCAGCAGAUGUUCAGCGUUCCUUUGAUAUAUGUAUGUAUAUCUAUUUAUAUUAAACCUUAUGUUUAUUCUGCAUUUGAGAAAUGCUUGUUAGGUAGCCUAUUUGCAAAAUUUAAUGUAAAUAAUCAAGCAAGAGAGGACUGCUGGAUUUGGUUGUGCUUCACGCCAAGUUUCCAUCCAGCAAACACACAAGAUUUAUCCCCGUGAGCUUCUACAGCAGCCGGCAUACCUGAUAAAAGAGAUGUUAUUAAAGGAGCUUGUCACAGCAGAAGUCUGGGAAAUGCUAUUACCAAAAUAUAAUAUUCGGUCCCCUGCCCCCCGCUGAUCCAUACUGAUAAUCAAGUGCCUCAUCUAACCUAGUUUCUCUCAGAUCCUCUUCCAGGCAAAGGUACGAUAAAGAAAAUCCUCUCUGGCUGGGCGCCAGCUCAGCAACACAGCAACCUGAAAAAGCAGGUGGGUUCUUUCCUCAUGAAUAAUGCCAUAAAAUGUACACGAUGAUCACCAAAGAUCAAAGCAUUUGGGCUGCCAAAGAUUCAGAAUGUUUACCAGACCUUUUGGUAGGGCGAUGUUUGCAUCACCCUUGGAGAGCCAAACAAAGCAAGCCAGCACCCAGCAACCGGGACGUGGGUACUAACGCUGGCUUCCAGGAACAAACUGCUUAAGAAACGACUUCAAAUAUCUCUUUCAUUCUGUAGGCCACUUACAAAGCCUGUGGAUAAUUGUAGAGGACAAGGUGGGCAGUUUGUGUCAGAUUGGCAACCUUUUCCUGAUUUGUUGAGCAGCACUGGUACAUAGUGCUCUUGCAUUAGGAUUCUUGAUAUCAGACAGCCAUCAUGGUGCAGUUUUGAAAACAUGCAAUCAGUGAAGCAUGGAUCAGCACCGUUUUACGCUGCUGUAUUCUUGUUCAAUGGAACUCUAAAUAGUGGUAACCUGCCUUGAAUGCCUGCCUAAGGAGGAUGGAGGGACAUAAAUUUUAAAAAUAACUCUACAGUGGAGGGAAGAAUUCCAACGAACUCAAUGUGAAGGACAACUCACUUCCCUCUCUCCUCAGUUUGCUUCCCGGCCUGGACAUUUACUGAGGUCUCGUUUUUCUUUGCCUCCUCAGCACAAACGCAUUAGAGAUUGCUCUCAUAGCUCAUCUCCCUCCUCCCACCUUUCUCCCCACCGGUUGUCAGUAGAAAUGUUUAUAACAGUGCUUCAUGGAGGUAAGUGGUCACCUGGACUCAGACUUGUUUUGGUCUUGUAAUAUAUUCAUUAGAAACUGGAUGAUGAUGAUGAUGAUUGAUGGCUGAUUUUUCUCUUCCACCAAAAGUUCUACAAAGUUUGUUCCACAGGCAAGAGGUUGCAUAGAAGAAGAAAUAAUAUUAGACAACGAUUGUGUAUAGCAUCAGUUAUACUUUUCACUGUGAAUCCCAUGGGCACAUGGUAAGUAGACAGAGCAGCAGAGGCUAUGAAAUGAUCACAUCCUUUUCAUGAUCCUCAGCAUAUUUACACCACUGGGAUUGCACCUCUGCAAUAGACACAAUCAGGAAGACUGACAGCUCCUCAGGGCACUCCAACUCCGCCACUUUCAUGUGCAGCGCAUCUGAUAGUUAAGGCGGUUAGAGCACCGUUAUUGCUCAGUUUACAUGCUGGAUCAGGCCAAAGGCCCGUCUAGCUUAGCAUCCUGUUUCACACACUGCCCCACCAGAUGCCUCUGAGAAGCCCACAGGCAAGAGGUGAAGGGAUGCCCUCUCUCCUGCUGUUGCUCCCUUGCAACUGGUAGUUUCUUUCUGCCCGCAGGCAGGACUGCUUCAACAGAAUCAGCUUCUGCUUUCUUUGGAAAGAUUCCCUGUGUGAGAUAGAGAAACGAAACUUGAAUAUUCUUUGAAUGAAGUUUUGGUUACUAAAAUCAAAAGAUGGAGGGCGAUGCUGAAAACUUGAAAGUGAGCUGUAUACUUGGUUGGGAGGGCCCCUGCAUUGCUUCCUGUUUGUCAGGUUCUGAUUUGUUUUUCCCCAUCCAUAAAAUGGGGAAUGUGGGGAAGAACUUCCUGGUGGAUUGUGACCCAUGUUAAUUAUUUGGGGUUGGAACGCCAAAAUAUCUCGGGCGGACCCUCACUGCACAUUGCAGGAAUUUACAAGAUCACAAGCCCAUUCUAUUUGCCAAUGAUACACAAGAUUAGAUUAAUAAUAUCAGGCAUGUGGUAGAGAGGACUGAGGUAACGUGGGAAAAGCUUUACGCACCCAGGAAAGUGCUGGUAUAAAUACAAAAUGUGAUUUAACAGUACUACGGACUGUGACUGUUCUGGGAAAUGGUAGGGCGUUGAGGAUGUUAUUAUUUACUGCUUUUAUGCAAUUUGACUUUCUGCUAAAAGGCACCCUUGGUGAUGUUCAGUCAACAAAAUCAAAGCGUUGCGGAGAGAAAACAUUAGAGAAAAGCAAUAAGUGGUUGCAAAAGGCGACAGCACACUUUGCAAUCACUUCAACAUGAAAAACUGAAAAGGGUAAUCACUGUGUGUGAAGUGGCAUUGCAGGUCUCUCUGGGCAGCUCUUUCUAGUAUUUCAGGGCCACCAUAGAGGGUGCAAUGUUCUGAAUGCCACAAGAGUAUCCUUGGUACAAAGAAGGGAUCCAGUGCCAGCCCUCUCCUGCAUAACGUAAAGGAGGAAAAAGUUCAUAUGGAAGAGAUGUUCCCACAAGUAUCACAGUCCCAGUCCACAGAAGGCUUUUACAGUCAUAACCAACCCUUUGAAGUUGGUUAUUACUCUUGGUAGGAGAGACAGCAAGUGGAGAUAAGCUAACAACAGGUUUAAUAUGAUCUCUGUAACUAGCCCGGUUAAUAAGCUGAAUGAAAUAUCUGAAGAAGUGCUUGCUUCCAAAUGAACCUGCCUGUUCAUUAAGAUGAUAAUCAGAAGUCCUGCUCUGGGUACCCCAUCUUCAGAGGUUGGGCAACUGAGGCAGGACCUUGUCAGAAGUGGCACCUUGCUUGUGGAGAAUAGACACUCACCUGGUACACAGUGAGUACCAGGUGAGUGUCUUUGAGGAAAGCAUUCCACAGGCAGAGUCUUACCUCUGAGAAGGCCAGUUAUUUAUCUAUCUGUCUGUCUGUCUGUCUGUCUGUCUGUCUUUUUAUCAGAUUUGUAUACCACCCCAAACUUUCAUCUCUGUGCGGACAAAAAUUUGACAAAAAGUCAAUGGCUGACAUCCAGACCAAUGCAGCAUUCGUGACGCUAAUGUUACAGUGGUCCAAGGGGGUGUGAUUUUCUUCAGUCUCAUCUCUCUGAAGCCCACUGUGCCUGCUGGAAAUAUUUCCUUGAUGGCUGUGUGACCUUCAGGGACAUAUUUUUGGAAGUCACAGUACAUCCAAGAGGGAAGAGGAGAUCACCUUAAAAUUGCCCUUCCUCCAUAGCACCAGCACAGCCGUUCUGUACCAGAGCAUCAUUAGUCUGUAUGCCAGCCACUGUUCUUUCCCCAAGCUUUUAGCAGAUAAUACUUUAAUGCUACCCAUGCUGUUUUAUUGCUAGUUGGUUGGUUUGGUGGUUUGUUUGUUUUUUGCCGGGCAGGGGGGAUUGCUGUUUGUUUAUUACAUUAUUGUUGCUCAUCAAAAACUGCUACAUUAAUUUGGGGUGGGUUUUUAAAAUUGAUUUAUUGUUCAAAUUUUUGCUGCUAGCCACUCUGGAAGUUGUUUGAGCAGGAGGUGGUAUAGAAAAUGCUUUAAAUCAGUAAAAUAAAGAAAUCUAAAAUCUAUUUCCUGUUUCUCCUUCACAGAAAACAAAGUCAACAUUUUUAAUACUCACUGUCAAGUUCAGAUUCUCCUGGAUGGCAUCAAGAACCGCUGUGGCUGUGAGGAGGAAGGUGAAAUAGAGCUAGCAGAUGAGAGCGGACAGGUUAAGAAUUUACUCCAAAACCAACACCGCUGUGCAGCUGAGCUCCUGAGCGAACGGGAGACCUACGUGCUCCUUGGGGUUUCACGAAGGGGAAGAUCUUCAGAGGUAGAAUUUACUCCUUUAUUGAAAGAUGACAAUAUCAUUAAUCCCAAAUUCCUAGCUAAACUGGAGAAUUGGCGAGAUCACAAGUCUCCCUCUCCCAGGAUGAAAUCCAGAAGGACCCACAAGAAAGCAGCACUGGAUAUUCCAGCAGCUGAAGUUGCAGGUCUUUAAGAAAAAGAAGAGCAGUCCCCUACAAUUCAGAGAAUCUGGCAAGACCUAUAUCAAAUCCCAUGGCAACUAGAGAGAUUCUUCCAGCGCAAACUAACAAUGACGUGUCUGCUCAGGAGGAACCUGGACCGUUUUUGCCUGAGAAGCAGCAAUCUGGAAUGACUGAUUGGGAGGAGAACGAAAUGCCACUGAUUGGAGAGGGAGUGGCACAGAAAUACCGAAGAAUCUGCUGGUACCAGCAGAAGAGGCAUCUCUGCAGUUGGUUGAUAUUGCACAGCUAGAGCCUUCAAGCAGCCACCCUCAGAAGAGGCAACUAAGACACACUCUCCAGCAUGGAGAAAUGAGAGAAUGGCUGUUGGAGAGAUUACACUUGCCAGUAAGAAGAAGAAGGAUGAACCUUUGUAUGAAGCCACCCUAACAUUUGAGGCCCCCAUUACACCAGAAUAUGCACAAGCCACUAACUCUUACCUGAAAAGCCCUUGUUGGAAAAUGGAAUUCCGUCGUGUCUUCCGAAUGAUCAAGUCUGCCACUUGCUGAAUGGUGAUGCUGACAAAAAAGGCUGUGGCACCGUGCCAUUGCAAAAUCAUCCUCUGGUCAUAAGUCUGCAAAAGAAUGGUAAGUGUGGAGGGGGUCAAAUGGCUGACUAAGGAAGGCCUUCACACCUUGUGACCCAUCAAGUAUCGCCUGCCAGGUGCUGCCCCCUCCCCUGCCCUAAAAAACAGGGUGUUCUCCAUCAGUGGGGGACUAUAUCCUGGAACAAGUAGAUCUUCCAAUUUGCUACAGUAGGCAGGAUCUUGCAAAUUAGAAAAUUGUGUCCUUCUCAGUGUGGGGAGAGAACAAAUAUACUAUCAGUUUUAGCUUUGCCUGCUCCACAUCAAUUGAGUUUGAGAGUUUUUUCUAUAUUAUGGAAAGCAGAACUUUUCUGCAAGGUGUGUGACGAAAUGCAGUGCACUUGUUUAGUUCUAGAAUUACAAUAAGAACAUAAUUUUUGUUUGUGUACUGGAGGUUAUGUACUGAUUAUAGUAGAGGCAGCAAAAGCAACAUGUUGAUUGGACGGACCAUGUUGAUUGGGAAGGGGUCUGUGACUGUUAAGUCCCUUAGAGUGUAACUGUUCCUGGAUGAGAGAGAUGUUUACAUUGCUCUGUGUAAAGGAGAUAGUUGUUUAUUUCAAGCAAGAAUAAAUAUUUGGUGGUUUAUCCCAAGUGGCAAAUUUCCUGUCAGUAACCAUGUGAAGAUGGAAGAAUGGUUGGGUCUCAACAGCACAAUGACCCUGAGAUGUUUGAGGUAUCAUGGUGAGGGCUGCACAUUUUCUCAAGUGGUGGCAGUGGACUGAUAUCCUCGCUAGAAAUGCCACAAAUCUGCAAGGUGAGGCUUCACAAGGCAUAUUGUUGUCUUUAGUUUCCAUUUUGGAUUUUAAACAUGAUCUAUAUUGGGUAUCAUCUUUUUUUGCUUAGUUCAUGCCAUGUGAGGUGGUGCAUUGCUUUGUGGUGACUAUAAGUGUGUGAUCUUUAUGUAGAUUAUUCUGAUUAUAUAUUUGUAACAUGCAUAACUUGUGAUCUGACCCUGUGAGUUGGAACACCAAGGAAUAAACAUGUAGGAAUGA